UCUGUUUUGCUGCUUGUUCAGAUCCAGAUCUGGUUUGGUUUUUAGCAGAUAAAGAUCUCUGUAGAAAUGCGCUCUGUUUUCACUGUUUUGUUGCUGCUCGUGGCGCUGAUUGCGUUCACGGAGACCGUCUUUGCGAAAGAGCUUCGAAUCAUUGUCACCGACCGCAUUCCUAAAAGCGAGUGCCUGAGAAAGACGCGCAAGGGCGACCAGAUCUCGGUUGAGUACACCGGAUACUUUGAAGAUGGAACCGUGCUCGACAGUUCGGUCGGGAGAGAGAUCCCGUUCCGAUUCCAGCUCGGUAGUGGUAAAGUCAUCAAGGGCUGGGAGCUGGGUCUUCUUGACAUGUGCAUUGGCGAAUCACGAAGGCUGCUCAUCCCGCACCAGUAUGGCUAUGGUAUGCGUGAAAACUUACAUGUAAAACCGGGGACCGAUCUUACGUUCGACAUCAAACUGCUCGGUAUUGCUGGAUACAAGCCCGACGGUUCUCCCGAGGACGAAGAAAUCGAGGCUACGACAGCCAGCGAAGAAGGCGAGCCCGAGACGGAGACUGAGGCCGCUGAAAAGCCCACUGAAGUUGAUGCCGAGCCCACCCCCGAGGCUGAGUCCACGUCUGCUGAAGCUGAGCCGGUUGAGGAGGUUGUGGAGGCAGCCGAGACUCUACCCCACGAUGAGUUGUAGACGUCCUGCGCUGCAAUCAGCCAUAGAGUUCGUUCUUCGGUGUAUGUACAUUGUAAUAUUGUCC